AUGAUUCUCUCUCUGGCCGCGGUGACAGCCAUGAGCAGCGGCGGCGGAAGCAGCCUGAACUCCUCCGCCCUCGACCCCUUCGACUCCUCCACCUCCUGGAGCCUGGCCGAGGACCCGUCCAACUCCUCCUCUGAGCCCGUGGUGCGGACUCUAACCCCCGACCUCCAGCCGGCGAGCACGGCCGUGGCUGUCCAGGACGUCAGCCCCUGGGAUGUGGCGCUCUGCGUGACCGGGACGCUCAUCUCCUGUGAGAACGCUCUGGUGAUAGCGGUUCUGUUCUACACGCCGACGCUCCGGGCCCCGAUGUUCAUCCUGAUUGGCUCGCUGGCGGUGGCAGACCUUCUGGCCGGGCUGGGCCUCAUCCUGAACUUUGUCUUCACCUACCUGGUGGACAACUCGCUGGAAUACGUGACCCUGCUGUCAGUGGCUCUGCUCAUCUCGGCCUUUUCGGCGUCCGUCCUCAACAUUCUGGCCAUCACGGUGGACCGGUACCUGUCGCUCUACAACGCCCUGACCUACCACACCGAGCGGACGGUCACCUUCACCUACGUGAUGGUGGGUCUCAUCUGGGUGUUGUCCCUCACGCUCGGCUUGCUGCCGGCGUUUGGCUGGAACUGCCUGAAAGACGAGUCCUCGUGCAGCAUCUGCCGGCCCGUCACCAAGAUCAACGCGGUGGCGCUCGCCGUCACCUUCCUCCUGGUGUUCGCCCUGAUGAUGCAGCUCUACCUUCAAAUUUGCAAGAUUGCCUUUCGCCACGCGCAGCAGAUUGCGGUGCAGCACCAGUUUGUGGCCAUGUCCACCCACAAAGGUGUCUCCACGCUGUCGGCCAUCCUGUGUGCCUUCGGGGCGUGCUGGCUGCCGUUCGCCAUGUACUCCAUCGUGGCGGACUCCAGCUACCCGGCGAUCUACACGUACGCCACGGUCCUCCCCGCCACCUGCUGCUCGGUGAUCAACCCCAUCAUCUAUGCGUUUCGAAACCCGGACAUCCAGAAGUCACUGUGGUUGGCCUGUUGUGGGUGUGUCCCGUCCAACCUCUCGCUCCGGCCCAGGACCUCCAGUGACGUGUAGCAGGGAAGGUUGGUUUCUGUUUGGCAUGACGCUAGAUGCUGAGUCAGGGCUGCACGAGGGACAGGGUGGCAUGGGGAACGUGAGACAGAGGGGAGGAAGGUGGAAGGGUAUGGCUGAGGAGAGAGAUUUCCUCUCCCCCUCAUAUCAGGGCUGAUAGGCUGAUGGCGAACGCACGUCUGGCCGUGGCGGCGCCGGCACGGGGGGGCAGGGAGGACAGUGCAUGGUCCGCAAAGAGACGAGAGCCGACAUGUCCCGCCUGCUUGGAGACAAACCAACAGAGGGGGCGGAGGUGGCGGGAAACCGACUGCAAAACAAAGACUAAGGUACCAUCCUCGUGGUUUGUGGAAGCCGCGGGUGAUGUGUCAGGUGACGCCUUCAGGGUGCGCGAGGCGACGCCCACUUCUCAAAGGGUAGCAUAUAGGUCCGAUGUGUUCUGAGUCUCCACAGGACCUGAGUCCGGGCAGCGCUGCAUGGUGAUGCAAUCAGAAGGAGAGAGUCUCAAAAGCCUGUUUGUGUUUUCACUGAUGUGUUUUGAAAUUAGUGUCGUGGUGGAUAAAAAUACAAUGAGCUAAAUAUACACAAUGAAUGACCUUGAGUUUUCUCAGUGAGCUUCCUGUGC